GUCUAUUCGAAGCUCCACACGCUCAAACUGGACAUGCAGCACAUUGACAGUCCGUUCAUCGUCCAUUUACUUCGCCUACCGGCCCUCCGAGAAUUGAGCAUGGAGAAUGUUUCGCUUAGGCGCAAACCCAUCCCUGAAUAUGCUGGAUACGCAAAAUGGCCCAAAGUUCCGGUUUGGUUACAUUGCCGAAGAUGACUUCCUGGCUGCGCAAAGGGAUUUGGAGAUCAAGGGGUCGGAUAUGGAGGCGGAGCUUGAGGGCGAUGUCUCUGACUAUGCCUCUGAUGAUACCCCUGACGACGCCACAGAGCUCAUCGUAAAAAGCAGAGUGAAGAAGUUAUCGAAACGGCGAAGUGGGAGCACUGAGACGGCAAGAAGCCGCAACACGCAUGCACACAUUUAGGUGUCCACCGAACUCAGAAGGUUGCUGAGGCGGAGAGCCGUUUGAUUGAUGAGCUUGUGUCUAAGCACAUCCAGACUUGUGUUCCACGAUGCAUGACCAUGGUCGAGACAAGGGUAGUAAAAAAGGUCAAACUCAACGGCAUGAAAGCA